AUGAAUCUGACAGAGUUUAACCAUUCAGAUCGCUGUGAGCAUUUCUCCUGUCCAGAGAGAUCUGUAUCUCCUGCAGUUUAUAUCUUACUGUACGUGUGUUCAGCUGUUGUGGUUCUGCUAACAGUGUGUGGAAAUAUGCUAAUCAUCAUCUCGGUAUUUCACUUUAAACAGCUUCACACAGCAACAAAUAUGCUCGUGCUCUCUCUGGCUGUGACGGAUUUCCUCAUUGGUGCUUUUGUUAUUCUUCCAGUGUUCAUCUGGACAAUCGAGUCAUGCUGGAUUUUUGAUAUGGGUUACUGCAUUUGUUUAAUGAUCACUUCUUUUUUUCUUGCAAAUCUGUCGGUUUAUAAUGUUGCUUUGAUUUCUGUAGACCGGUAUGUGGCCCUCUCAGACCCAUUUUGCUACACAAACACAAUUACUACAAGAACAAUGUGCAUUGUGGUUUUUUCUAACUGGUGUUUAUGUCUGGUGUAUGUCGUAGCACUCCUGUAUUUUAAUGGAACCUUCAUGAGUUCUGUAAUGUGUCCUGGAGAGUGUUUUCUCUUUCUGAAUGAGGUUUGGACUGUAAUUGAUCUUGUACAUUCAUUUAUAUUUCCACUUUCUGUCAUAAUAAUAUUGUAUAUCCGAGUAUUUGUGAUUGCUAAGAAACAUGCCACUGCUAUCAGAGAGCUUAAUAAUCACACACGACCUAAAGCACAGAAAAUCACCUCACACUCGAUGAAAUCUGAGAGAAAAGCAGCUAAAGUCCUCGGGAUAUUAGUGUCUGUGUUUCUGGUGUGUUUACUUUCGUAUUUUAUUUACAGUCUAUUGGGUGAUGUGAUUGAAGUACAGGGCAACACUGCUCGUAGCAUUAUUAUUAUGAUUUAUCUUAAUUCCACGAUCAAUCCAUUUAUUUAUGCUUUGUUUUAUCCAUGGUUUCGGAGGUGCAUUAAAUUGAUUAUAACUUUGAAAAUAUUCCAAACAGACUCUGCAUUAAUUAAUGUUUCUUUAUGA